GGUGAAGCCCAAUCACAAUGUGUUCACCGAAUUUUGUCGUUCUAGGGUUUCUCGAUGUUAUAUCAAUCUGUGCUUCAGAGGUAGACUCCGAAUUUUGUUGUUCUAGGGUUUCUCGAUGUUAUAUAAAUCUGUGCUGCAGAGGUAGAUUCUGAAUUUUGUCGUUCUAGGGUUUCUCGAUGUUAUAUCAAUCUGUGCUUCAGAGGUAGACUCCGAAUUUUGUUGUUCUAGGGUUUCUCGAUGUUAUAUCAAUCUGUGCUGCAGAGGUAGAUUCUGAAUUUUGUCGUUCUAGGGUUUCUCGAUGUUAUAUCAAUCUGUGCUUCAGAGGUAGACGAAUUUUGUUGUUCUAGGGGUUCUUGAUGUCAUAUUAAUCUGUGCUUCAGAGGAUCGAUUUUUGUUAUCAUCUUAAGUAGGUGGUCUACAGAGAAAAAGAAGCUUCAGGGGAUUGACUGUAAUGGUGGAUAUAUGGUGGUCCCUUUUGGCGGCUGCGAUCCCGGCUGUCGUUGCAGGGCAAGCUAUAAGGAUGAAAAGAAGGCGUGCGGAAGAGCAGAGGCUCAGGAGUGCAAGGGAGAAUAGCUCCGGUGAUAUCUUCGUCUGCGAGAGAGUCUGUACAUCCAAGAGGAUGCUGAAGAAGGUGGGUGCAGUCACCAAGGACCCAACUCCUGAUACCUGCAUCACCGUUUGCGGUGUCUCUCAGAUCGGCGCCUGUAUUGACGCUUGUGCUCGCACCGUCUGCGUUAACCAAUACCAAGUCCCCAAUUGGAACGACGUUUGCCUCCGCAAAUGCCAGAAUGAAUGCCUUAAGCUUUCUUUUUCUUAUUCCUCUUAAAGCAUUUCUUUGUUUUCCCUCUUAGAAUCGAUCUUUUGGUUUUGUGA